GCAGCCCUGGAGGAAGCAGCAGCCACCGUGGGCCACCCACCCCCGGGCCCCAGGAGCCUCUGGGAACCGGAACCUGCUCUGCUGCGACUCUGGGUCACCCUCUGAGCCCUAGGCCUCAUUCUCCAGUUGAGGAGCAGCCAGGAAGAAGAUGGAGCCAGAGUCCCUCUACAACCUGCUGCAGCUCCCCAAGAAUGUGGCGCUGUCCAGGGAGGAGGAGGAGCUGCUGCAAGGAGAAAAGAAGAAAUACCUGCCACCCAAUUCCCGGAAGGACCCCAAGUUCCUAGAACUGCAAAAGGUGCUGAUGGAGUGGGUCAACGCCACCCUCCUGCCAGAGCACAUCGUGGUCCGCAGCCUGGAGGAGGACCUGUUUGACGGGCUCAUCCUGCACCACCUCUUCCAGAAGCUGGCAGGGCUCAAGCUGGAGGCCGAGGAUAUUGCACUGACUGCCACCAGCCAGAGGCGCAAGCUCGAGGUGGUGCUGGGAGCCGCAAACCAGAGCCUGCAGGUGGAGGCACCGCUGGACAGGUGGAGUGUGGACGCCAUCUUCAACAAGGACCUCCUGGCCACCCUGCACCUCCUGGUGGCCCUGGCCCGGCGCUUCCAGCCCCACCUGGCCCUGCCGCCCGAUGUCCGGGUGGAGGUCGUCACCAUUGAGAGUACCAAGAGCGGCCUCAAGUCGGAGAAGUCGGUGGAACAGCUCACGGAGAGCAGCACAGACAAGGACCAACCUCCAAAGGACAUCUUUGAUGAAUUAUUCAAGCUGGCUCCGGAGAAAGUGGGUGCCAUGAAGGAGGCCAUCCUGAGCUUUGUCAACCAGAAGCUGGAGCGCCUGGGGCUGUCGGUGCAGGACCUGGACACCCAGUUUGCAGAUGGUGUCGUCUUACUUUUGCUGAUUGGACAGCUGGAAGGCUUCUUUCUGCACUUAAAGGAAUUUUACCUCACUCCCAGCUCUCCUGCAGAAAUGCUGCACAACAUCACCCUGGCCCUGGACCUGCUGAAGGAUGAAGGCCUGCUCAGUCAACCCAUCAGCCCCGAAGAUAUCAUGAACAAGGACAGCAAGAGCACGCUGCGGGUGCUCUACAGCCUCUUCUGCAAGCACAAGCUGAAAGCAAACGAGGACGGGAUGCCCCGGGGAACCCCAAAUUAGCUGCCACCAGCCCCUCAAAGCUAUUUCUCCCACCUCUGUCCUGUUUCCUUCGAAUGAGUGUCCUAGGUGUGGAGCCAUUUGGAGUCAAGCUUGCCUUUUUCACUUUAGUUUUGCUAAAUUAUUUCUGGGGAGCUCUGGGAGCCCUGACACACGCGCAAAGGUGAGCUCAAUUCCCAAGCUGUGACAGGUCUCAGCAGCCUCCGUCCUGUCCUGUGGGGCUGCAUGGGACUCCUUUGGGGUGCGGGGCUAUGAGUUGAUGAUGGCUCAGGACCCAGACCCUGCAUACAGCUCCCCACUGCCUGCCUCCCACUUGGGGUGACAGUCCUGGGGCCCCCACCCAAAAGCAAGAGCCCCUCGAGGCUCCAAAAGCAAGCCCCCACGCUGCUCAGGGAAGUGAGCUCAGUUACUUGCCAAAGCAGCUGAGGCCCAGGCCAGCCCCUCCAGCUGUGAGUGUGAGACUGGCCCAAAAGUUGUGCAGAAGAAAUCUCUGUGGUCGAUUAGUGGGUUCAGGUCAUCUCCACUCUGUCCCUGGGGGAGCAAUCAUUGCUCUCUCAAGUGAGGUUUGGCAUCUUUCGCAAAGAAAAAGAAACUUGCAGGAGAAUUGAGCACAGUUGUUCCAGGACUGGCUCCCAGAGCUGCAGCAGCGGUGUCUGAUGAGAAAGAGCUGGAGGAGGGCACCGUGUAGGAUGGGAGGGUGGAGGAGUGGAGGGGUGCAGGGGAUCCAGCCCUGGCUGCUGCUCCUCCCAGGCUCCACCUGCCUUCCAGGAGCCAACCCCUGCCCCCUGGGAGACAGGGCCUUCUGGCUCAGGCCAGUCCCAGUUUGACGCCUUGGCUCUGGGCUGGUCUCUGGAGAGGAGAUAGGGGGCCUGGCCUGUGGCCUGUGGAGCUUGGGAGGACGUCCUGCAGGUUGACACGGGGAGUCUGAGAAGGUGGCACCACCAGGAUCCCAACCACCUGCCCCGCCACCUCCUGAUUCAUAGAGCAAACCAAAGCCUUUAGGUGGGUCCCAUGGGAGCCCUCAGCCACAUCAGAUGCACGCCGAUCCGCACCUGCAUCCCCUUCCCUGUGUCCCUGGGCAGGGUCCUGCUCCUGUACCAUGAGUGCCCUGCCCCCUCCUCCCUUAGAACACCCUCCAGCCUUGCUCUCCUCCCCCUCAAGAGUCUGGGGUCGUGCACGGGCCAGGACCCCACCUUUUUACACGCCAGGCUGUGUGGCCAAGCCAACAUCCACACCCCCUCCCAGGGUCUCUGUUCCCUCCACACUCAGGCCUCACCCUCUGCAGAUGGUUCAGUUCGGCUACCCAAGUUUUCACCACAUUCCAUUUAACAGCAGAUUUUCAAAAACAGUAGAAAUAAAUUAGCUUUUCGUGGCUUGAUUGAGGAACAAUUCACAAGCAGUGAACUUUCCCAGCUUAAGUGUGCACGGUGACAGGGUCUGGCAGAUCUGUACAGCAGGUGUCAUCCCCAGCAGGGUUGAGACUCGAAGGUGCCCAUCACCCAACCAGUCCCCAGGGCCCUUUAGGUCCAGCCCCUUUGGCCCAUCUGCUUUCUGUCACCAUGGUUUUGACUUUUCUAGGAUUUUUCAUAAACUGCUUCAAACAGGAUGUCA